ACCAUGCUGACAAUGUAUAAGGUGACUGUGGGUCUUGUGGCCCUGUUACUGGUCAGCUCUGUGAGAGCUGAGGUCGAGCCUGUGUUGUCUGUGGGAGAGCUCCUGGAGAGGGCUAAUCGAAACAUUGUUCGUGGUGCCGACGAACCAAAGGUUAUUGGGGACAUUGCAGUUGAUGAUGAUAAUGGGAGGAACGCUGAUCCCUGCACAUCUACUGGCUGCAAGUGGCCCCAGUCGAGUGAUGGACUGGUCUACGUGCCCUACAUCAUUGCCAACCACUUCACCUCCAGUGAGCUGCAGGUCAUUCAGCGAGGUCUAGAUUCCUUUGCAUCCGUUUCUUGCAUUCGUUUCAUUCCACGCUACAAUGAGAGGGAUUAUCUCAGCAUUGAGUCACGCAGCGGAUGCUACUCCUAUGUUGGACGGCUUGGUUAUGGUCAGACAGUGUCUCUAGACCGCAGUGGCUGUAUCUACCACAACACUAUCCAGCAUGAACUUCUUCAUGCUCUGGGCUUUAACCAUGAACAGACCCGCAGUGACCGUGACAACCACAUCCGUGUCCUCUGGGACAAUAUUAUUGACGACAUGAAGUAUAACUUUGACAAGAUUGCCACUCUGAACCAGGGAACUCCCUAUGACUAUGGCUCUGUAAUGCAGUAUUACAGAACUGCAUUCUCUAAGAAUGGUCAACCCACCAUGGAACCUAUCCCUGACAGCAAUGUAGUAAUCGGCCUGGCCAGAGAGAUGAGCCAAAAUGACAUUAUUAGACUCAACAGACUCUAUCAGUGCUGAGCAUGAGAACAUUGAACACUUGUGGUCUUUGCUCUGGCAAAUAUCCAAGGAUGUACGUCACUCUCAAACCAAAUGGGAUCUCUGUAUGAUUUUCCUUCAUGGACUAUGUGAUUAUAAAAAUAAAAAAAAAAUAAUGCACUAAUAUUAAA